AUGCCAGGAGGAACGCAAUCUAAACCCCUUCAUCAGGUCUUGCCCGAGAUAGAGUAUCAAGACCGGGGCUCUCCUCUCGUUCCGCUCAGUUUGUCCUCGUUGUCAUUGUCUCAAAAUUCUGCGGAACACGGGCUGCUCGAUCUGGGCUUAAGAAGGCACAGGAACCCCUACCGAAGCCACCGUCUUCAAGGCAAACUACCCUCAUUCUCGUCCCCAUCCACCAUAAGCCGCGCUAGCUCUGGAGACGCUUCACCGAUUCUUCUCUGUACGACCCCGCUGUGCCAUUUGGGCUACCGGCAACAGGCCCCCUUUUCUCCCUCAAGCCCGUGCGAAUCGAUCUCAAGCCACGACUCUAGGGUCAACAACGAUUUUCUCGACAUCGGCACGAUCUCAGAUCCUGCACUGAAAGCUCGCACGGCGUGCCUGCAUCAUCAGCACGACUCGAGAGAGGGCGUUUUCGAAACAAAGAAAGGGGCUCCUAUCGGUUGUCACAAGCGCCACAGGCUUCUAGAACGGCUCGUCCCGUUCUACCCUGCUCAGAAGCUCCGAACCCUACCCAGCGAGAUCGACCCGCCUUUCAGUGCCGUUGAUACGCAGAAACUAGGCUCGUCUUCAGAGGAACUCGGUCGAGCAAGACAUUGCUCCCCGCUGGAGCCGAGGCGUCUCGCAUGA